UUCGGUGCUAGGCUCCCAAUUGCAAUAUCCCGUCGUAACGAGAUGGAAUUCCUUAUAUGAUUCCAUUAAAGGUUUAAUUUCUCACAAAGAAAAACUAAGCACUUUGUGUGAAAAGCUCGAAUUGAAGUUUGACGAGAGCGAUAUAAGGUAUUUAGAGGAGUAUUUGCAAUUGCUGCAACCAAUCGCAGAUGCUAUCCAGUUUUUGCAAAAAGACAACGGGAUGGUGUAUGGCUUUCUGUUACCUACGCUGGCAACAAUUAGAACAAAAUAUAGGAAAAUACAACUAAGUCAGGCCAUGCAUUAUCUUCAGCGAGUAGCGAAUCUUUUGGAAGCAGACUUGGAAAAAAGGUUCCACAAAUAUUUUUGUUUGGAGGAGGUUAAUGAUGCCAUUGUUGCCUCAGCGUUAUGUCCUGAGGUAAAACUGAGAUGGGUUCGAUCCCUAAAUCCAGAAUUCACAAACGAAAAAGUUGCCGAGGUCAAUGAGUUGGUGAAGAGCAUUGUGGUGAGCGAAUUCAAUACAGAUACGGAGCGAGUCGAUAAUAGUGAAGAAACAAAUAGUCAAUUUUUCGACUUUUCUUUUAUAGGUAAUGGCAAUCUAUUUUGUCAUACAUAUGUAGUUAUAAUUAAAAUAAUUGAUAAACAUUUUUAACGUCUUUUUCAGAUGAGUCUUCACAACAACUUGAACUAUCGCAAUCGUCUAUUGAAGGCGAGUUUAUAGCCUAUAUAGUUGAUAAGUCUCCGAAUAUAACCAUCUUACACCGCUAUCCUACUAUUAAAAGGGCGUACAUUAAAUACAACGCACCUCUGCCUACCUCAGCCCCCGUAGAGAGACUAUUUUCGUUUGCCUCCUUACUUAAUGCACCACGUCGAGGACGUCUAUCAGAUGACUCAUUCGAAAAGCUGUUGCUUUUAAAAGUUAAUAAUUCACUAUAAGUUCCCUUUGUUUAUAUUUUGUUAAUAAUGCAUAUUGUUUUAUAAUAAAGUUGUUAUUAUAGAUCAUUAUAAGUAGUUUGUAUAAAUUUUGUUGCAAAUAGUUAGUGACUUCACUCAAAAAAUGAAGUCAGUAAGUCACUUCUCUAAAUGACUUCAAAGUCGUGACUUCAAAAAGACUUCAGAUUUCAUUUUUUCAUUCUUUAGUCAAAAAGCUAGUCAAUGAGUGCAUUCGAUAUUGGAGUCAUUGAAUUCGACUUCAACUGAUUGCAUUCGCAUAUGAAUGCAUUCUUUUACAACCCUGCCUUUGCCCUAUGCGUGGGCGUCAGCAGGUCGCUCAUUUUUUGCAACCAGUAGGUUAUGGUUGUUGUUAGUCGUUUUUUGAUCGCCAACUAGACCGCACGGGCUAAUUCGAACCCGCCUGCAGUCUUCGCUAUUAUAUUAAUAAAUUUAUAAUUUGUUAAAACGAAUUCGGUCGAUGUAAUUUAUUUGCAAGGAAUUAGCCUCCGAAAAGGCUCUGUGGCUACACAGUAUACAAAAUACAAAAUCGCAUAAUUUGUACCAAUAUUCUUUCAUAAUCUUUCCGCAUACGAUUGUCAUUUGUUUAUAAAGGAACUUUCAUCUGUUGAUGGUGAUAUAAAUAUCAUUCCGCUAAAUAAAGAGCUAUAUAUUUCGAUAUCAAAGAAAAUUUAUAUAUUAAUGAUAAAGAGAAUAUUUAACUUCGUUUUUUUAGAUUCGUUUAGGUUUAUGCCAUCGAGCUUACAACAUCUAGCAGAUAAUUUAUCUGAAACAAAUUUGUUUACUAUAAAAUCUUUCUUUACCAAUAUUAAUGAAUUUAAUUUGAUGAGACGUAAAGCUGUAUUUCUAUAUGAUUAUAUUAGCUCAGUAGAUCGAUUAAAAGAAACACUACUACCAGAUAUUUCAUUUUUCUAUAACAAAUGAAGCAUGUAAACAGGUUGACUAUGAACAUGCCCAAAAAGUUUGGAAGGAAUUUAACUGUAAUAACUUAUUAGAUUCAACAUCAUCUAAUUCUAUCCGUUCUACAGAACACAAAGUUGACAUGGCCAAUCAAUAUCCCACCGACACCAUAGUCUGCCUUUCCACAGGCAAAUCAGCUGUGAUCAAGAAAAUAGCAGAAGUCAGGUCUUCAACCUUCCCUGAGCAAUGGUUUUCAGCUAACAAAAGCAAACCAACGCUAAAUAUUCCUAUAAAUAAUGCAAACCUCAGUCCUGUAGUUCUCAGAGAAACUGUAUUCAAUAAGUUAGGUGGACCAAUUCAAGUUGAACUAGCUAUCGAAUUCCCUUGUUCCGUUUUGUUGACCGUUAAAAACAGUCCUUGGUUAUCUUACAAUGUACGAAUAUCUGAAGAAGGAGAGGUCACUCCUUUGGAUUGGAUCCACCAAGUGCAAGUAAAAUAUUCUGUGACAGAUUCUAUGACUGGUACCAACAGAACUUCAGAAAAAGACAAUUUGUGGAUUUCUCUUCUUCUUUUGAGUGUAUAUCGAUUAUCGAAGAUCUCAGACGAAGUCUAUAGACGAAAAGUAAGCUCUGUAAUAGAGAUUCAAUUGACUGCCCACGGUUGUAGUGCCAGCUCACUAUUGAAUACAACAUAUUCUCACAACAAAGACUGGUUGAACAAUGCGGAAUAUCGUAAAGUUAACGCUGCGGUAGACAUGUACUUUUUUAAAUUUGACAAUAGUCAAUGGUCGGUACUAUGUCUUGGAACUACCGGAUCAAGAUACCGCGACUGUGCCGCCUUGUUAACGUAUGGCCAUGCUCUAAGAAUGAUCGGAGCCACCAGACCCGGUGAACGUUCGAGAUGGAUCUUCUGCGACACUUUGGCAGUAGAAGCUAGUAGAAUCUUUCUCGAAUCUCCGAACGAAGAGUAUGCUUCACAACAUUCAUACUUUCCAUACCAGAUAGAUUUUGGCAUUUGUCAAAGAAGCGCAUAUUCUGCCAGGUUGAAUCCGGCUGUUCACUUUUUUUGUAACAUUAUUGGGGUCAUCUAUUUUUCGGAGCGGAGUUUGAACGCGAGAAUGAUUCUGGACUAGAACAUAACAGAGGUUUUGUUGAUUUAGUCCAGUUGUAGAUGCAUAUUCAAAGUUCCUCCACCACUGAAGCGGCUGAAGGCCAUUGAUGCUAUUGCUGCUACAUCUCUAAUUAGUUAUUAAUUUAUUUAAUACACUAAUUACACAAAUAAAUAAAUAUAAAUAAACUAAUUAGAUUACCUAGAUUAUAUUUAGAAGUAGAUGUGUUAUUACUUUGUGAUGUAUUUGAAAAUUUUAGAAAAGUUUGUAAAUCAAUUCACAACUUAGAUCCAUGUCAGUAUUAUACUACUCCAGGUGUAUCGCGGAAUGCAAUGUUGAAAUUAACAAACAUUCAUUUAGAGUUGUUAACCGACCUUAAUAUGCACAAUUUAUAAAGAAGGGUAUUAGAGGGGCUAUUGUACAAUGUAUAAACGACAUUCAUGAAUGUCACAAUAUUUACCUUAUUCAAAUUUUGAAUGGGUUGAGGAUAUUGAAAACUUCCAUUUAAAUAAUGUACAAGAUGAUUCACCAAUUGGUUAUAUAUUAGAAGUAGAUUUAGAAUAUCCAACAAGCCUACACAGUUAAAUAGUUGCGAAAAAUUCAUUUAAUAAAAAUAUAAAUCGCCCCUGGUAGAGAGGCUUCAUUAUAAAUUUUGUCAAAAUGUGGGCCUGCCGGGGGCCCAGAAGUCUGUCAUUUAACUGUAUCAGUCUUAAUUAGGCAAAGAUAGGCACUUUGUUCGUGCUUUUCACUUGAAGUCACUGACCCUUACAGUGCGGUUGGUAUGGUAGAAUGUAAUUUAGAAAAUGCAAAAUGACAAUUACGACGGCGCGCAGGGGCAUUACAACGAAAAUCUUAAGAACCGGCGAAAUCAGCUGGCAAUGACAAACCCAAAGGUACAUAAACGUGCGGAGCUGCAAAUGGGAUGGCCGCCCAUUUAAUAAAUGCCAUCAAUAAAAUACAAAAGCAUACAGCAACUUUAAAUAUGGAAGCGUUUGGAGAAAGCAACAAGCAACAGAUUGCAGGGCCCCGGCAGGCUCACAUUUUAGUAAAAUAUGGGACAAAGUGCUAGCCGGCAACAAACAUGCGCUUCGAAUACUGAUUUUUAAAAACCUUCGAAAAGAAAUAAAGAAGAAAUCAAAUGAAGCAACGAAGUUGUUAUCCCCAAAUUGGAAAGUUGGCGCAAGAGGAAGAAACCAAUCAACACAUUCACUGGUGGAGUAGAAAUCUCAAUUACAUCUCAUAUAGAGUAAAGCGAAGGGCACACACAGGCACAAAAAACAAAGUGGUCAGAAAAAUCGCUCAAGCAACAGUUUCAUCGAAAAGGAAAAUAUAAGUUUGCAUAUACUUAAUGCACAUGUGGUAUGCACAUUGUGAAUGCAAGUUAGCAAGUUUGAUUUACUUGCACCUAAGUGCAUAUCGUUAAGAAAGGCAAAGGUCAUAAAAAAAAGAAACAAAAACAAAUUAUAAUUUUAAAAAUUCCUCUAGCUAACAAAGUUACAACCAACAGAUCUUACAACAUAAGCUGCAAUUUCUGCACAGCCGGUUCAUAUCAAGACCUGUUCACAAUGCUCUCCUUUUGGAAUGAAUAGCAAGCAAAACAGCAAUAUCCGAACAAUAAUAGGACUUAUUCCCCUUUAUUGUUUAAAGUUAAUGAGCCGUCGUCCAGAAUCAGUGGCCAAAUCAAUUAAUGAAAGAAUGAACAAACACUUCAUAGAUCUGUACAAAUUUGAAGAUUGGUCUAAACCGCUUAUUCCUCCAAACUUUGCUUCACUUAUUGACUUGGACUAAGACUCGCUUCAGGAAUGGAAAUAUUAUCUAGUCUGAUAGGGAAAAUCAUUAUUGAAAACUCAAGACCAACUGCUAAACCUGCUGUUCGUGGAAUCCCGUAUGGGGCGUGUCUCACUCGUAUAGGGAUGCACGGUAUCGCUCCAAUCAAACAUCUAGAACAAGCAGCAAUGGUCUUGAAUAUAAGAACGGGAGAUUUCUGUGCUUUAAUUAAUACAAAAUUAGAAUUUCAAUCAAUCAUUAUUUGCAUUCAACUUCUCAUAAUCCCCGUCAAAUCUUCGGGGAAAUGAAACCAUUUUGGGAAGGCAAUAUCAUCUGGCCUGUCAAAUAUCAUGGCGAUUUUGUAGGAUCUAUAACCAACAACAUUUUAAUCGAUUUAGAACAAAUUUUAAUGCACGUCUUAUAAUACAAUGCGCAGUAUAUUUGGCUGAAACCGGUAGAAGCACCGAAAUAGAAAGAAUGCAACUAUUGGACAUACCCUCAAAUGGUAGUAUUUUUGUAUCGGAAUGUUCUUAAGCAGCAGCAUACAUCCAAACAAUUAUAUUACAGCACCCCAGCUAUAGCGUGACAUCCGUUUAAAGAAUAAAGACUGGAAAAACUUGAUAGGAUAAAACAGGGUUCAACACGAAACCAAGCGCCCCCCAGACGAACCACAGCUAAUUCGAAGCCACGCGAGCGCCAUUCGAAGCUACGCCGUGGCCACCAAAAACAAGUCUCGGAUACAGCGAAUCCAAUUAUUCCGCGGGCCACCGCUUAUGUCGGUCACCGCAACUCCCAAACGACCCUCUGGUCGCCGUCAAGGAAGUCACCGUUGAAGCACAGUAUUGCUGAAUUCUUUUUAUUAAAUUUCUAAUUUGUUUAUGAAUUUCAUUCAGAUCAAACAUGAAUUUUACUUGAAUUGCAUUCUUUGCAAUCGAAGAUCAAACCAAAAGACAGACCCCACAACACAGCGUCAUAGUAGCCACUGUUAACAUAACUGCAUUCCAAUAGCCCAGAAAGCAUAAAGUGCAACGAUGUCUUUACCGUUCCAUCUGUAAAUUUUUUAAUUAAUCAAAAAUUAAGAAAACAAUACUGCAUGUUUCAUGCGUUGUUAUUUCAGCAAUCCACCUGCUGAUGCAACGCCAAAGCGUCGUUGUGAAUUUAGUUCUUAAGAAAACAAAUGUUAGCUUAUAAAUAAGAGACAAUUGAUAUAGUCUUCACUUCUGAUAAUUGUCCGCGAGAUGCGGGUUAAGUAGAGAGUCGUUUUAUUUUUUAAAAACGCUUUUCUCGGAAAGGAAAGCUUAAAUGGCGCCUAACAAUGGGGCACAUGCGAAUUUAAAAAACCGCUAGUGAGUGGCAACUAAUACCUUUGGGUAUGAAAGGAGAAAACGCCAAGUAUCCUUAUUCAAAGAAUAUUAAAAGUGGUAAAAGUGCGUGUGUAGAAAAAAAGGUCUUUGGCUAAAUAAGGGAAAAAAGUGUCCUCGCCAAAAAAAAAGACAAAUAGUGCCGAAGUAAAAAAAAGUAUCUCUAAAACAGAGAAAACAACUUUUACGGGCAAAACAACAAAUAAGUAUCCUCACGAAGGAGGAGAAAAAUUUUAAAUGGAAUUUAACGGCCAAACCAAAAAGUGAAUAAUUGUAAACAUUUAAAUUGCUGUCGCUCUAACAAUAGUAACAUAAAACAAUAAUAGUAACAUAAAUAAUGUUGUAACAUAGACUCAGGGUUUUGUUUUAAACAGACACCGAAUAUACUGCUGUGUCAUAAAUUGUCAUUUAUCUUGUCUUAUAAAAAAUAAAUCACUCAACAAGUUUUUGGCUCAUCUGCAUUGGUUACACUUCUAUUUGAUUUUUUAAUUUUUUACGGUUCGAAUUGGCCUUUUAUUUUACUAUUUUGUUUUACAUAAUGUGUGUAAGGUUUGUAAAGUUUGUAAAAGGAUGAAUAAAAAUAAGUAGUUUUACUUGCUAUUCUUUAUAGUUUGUUUUACUUCGUUGCAGAAGUUCUAAUCUGGGGUAUAACAAAGUAAAUAAUCCGCCAUCAGCCAGGGCAACAACAGCAACUUCACAUGGAAUAGUGUAAGUUAUAUUAUUUACACUUAAGAAGCAUUAUUUAUAUAAGUUAAUACCAUACUUUGUUAAGGCCAUUUCCACACAAUCAGCAAAUUAUCAUGCGAUUCCGUUCCCACACAAUUCCACCGGCAAAACGCUCGCAUAUUUUGGGAUCAUAUUGCAACCGAAAAUGCAAUUGUGCUGCACGCGCAUCCGCCGUCUUAGCUAAGGAAAUUAAACACCUAGUUGAGCGAAACACUCGCAACUAACAAACCAAAGUUUAAAGAUAAGUUAGUCUUGAACUCACUCGCGAGCUAAAGGCACAUAGUGCCGCAUAAAAAAGUUUGGAAUAAAUAAAGAUUAAAACAUAAACUUAAGUCUCGCGUUUUAUUUUAUAUAUAUAUAUAUAUAUAUAUAUAUAUAUAUAUUCCGAUUUAUAACAUAAGCUUAAUUCUGCGAUUCUGAACUCCAGACCUUCCACAGUAUAAAAUCCUCCCUUUCUAGAAGGGAUAAACAAUGAAAUAAAAUAUAAAAUAAAAUAAAAUCAUUCUAGGGGGCAAUAGUCCCAGCAAACCAAAAUACGAGCGUUUACAUUAUUGCGAAAAUUGUGGCAAUAAGCACAAGACGGCAGACCCCCCACCAGUGGUAUACUACAAAUUGUACAUAAACACCACAAAACAGAUUAUGCAUAUAUGUAUACAAAAAUGUAUAGUUUUAUAUUCAAGAUUAUUUUAGUUACCUUUUCCCACACUAUUCUAAUCCUAUGCGAAUUAAACUGUGUGGAAAAUUUUUCACAAUAUGUAAUUUUGAAUAUGACCCAACCAGACCUAUUGAUGGGAGUCAACCAACAUUCCUUUUGUUGCAACCCAGUACCUUUCUGAAAAAAGUAAACAUAUUGUCAAGAAAAAAAUACAUGCAUAAGACUGCAUUAAAUGCAUCAAAUAGAAUUUCUACAAUAGAUCUCUAUGAUGGAUCAUAUCUCGCAUCUUACACCGAAUCGAACUAUUAAAUUUCAUAAUGUUUACGACAGUAGAUGUUCAAGGCUUCAAAGCAUACGAUAAUAGAUUUAUUGUAAAGGAAAUAGCUGUGGUCUUUAAUAAUGAAGAAUUUCAUUGUUUCCACAUCAAAGCUCCAUUUGAAUUUUCUGACCUGAGUAAGGAUAAUCCACGACCACCAAAUUGGUUAAUGUUACACCAUCAUAAUUUAUUAUGGUCAUAUGGAAGUGAUAGUUUUAAAGAUGUAAGAAACUAUUUAACAUCAGCAUUGGAAAACUUAAAAAAGUUUAUGUAAAGGGAGAAGAAAAGAAAGUGUGGAUAGCGGAGUUCCUCCAAAAGCCGGUGAUGAACAUUGAAGAGGAGAGUACAGAAUGUAUGAAUCUCAAUAGACUAUACAGUUUACACCAAGAUGCUGUGCGUUGUCAGUAUCAUUUUCAUACUGAGUGUAAUGUAAAAAUCAACCGACUACAAAUUCGUGGUGCUUUAAAAACAGCAUGUAUUUUGUUUAAUUACAUACUGGAUAGUAAUUUAAAUUAUAAUGAAU